CGAACAGUGUUUGGUACCAACGUCUAUGUCAGGCGCCGCGGUCUAAAUCCAGCUCGUGGGAGGAAAUUCCUUCGUCAUUCAACCCCACGCCUCGGGCCAUGUCUCCAUAUCCAAAUGUAUUAUGCUUCUAUCGUGAUUUGAAGCCUGUAUAUGUUGCUUUCCUAUCGCUGUGACAUUCAUAUGGUAGUUUUUUAUAGCCAUUAUAUACACGCUCUAUUGAUAGCCUCUCUCCAAAUCCAUUGAUAAAUUCGACACGAUGGUUCCAUCAUCAGAGAAGGAUAUCCAUGAUGUCUGGGGUUACAAGUAUGAAUGGACCGACCUGCAUAUGACGGAAGAGCAGCAGAUGCCCCUCAGGUACUCAUAUGACACCCUGGGAGAAGAUGUGUUAGCGCGUGUAAAGGACUUGCAGAUGAAAAAAGCGGCUGAGAAUGGAGAGGCGGUUGGCAAAGGUGCCCCCCGGAAAAUGGACUUGUAUGAGUCGCUCAAGUCCAUCGCCUUGACCAAGGAGGAUCCGGUUGUCACGAAAUUUUGGGAAGACGUGCACACUGUGCCCGAAUGGGUCGAUUGGGACCAAAUCAAGCGCGGACAAGAUGUGUUCUAUAGGUACGGUGAGGCUGCGAUGACCGGGUUGGCCUUUUCGAGUCUCCUGGGGGGAAUGGCCGCCGCUCGAAUUGUUGAGACGCUGGCGAGGACAGGAGGUUUUGCUCCAAGGGUUGCCAGGAAUCGAAUGUUAGAGACAACCCAGUUUGUCCUGCAGGUUACCAACUCUCUGGAAUCCGUCCAGCCGGGUGGUGACGGACAUGUAUCCGCCAUCCGCGUGCGCCUCCUUCACGCCAUGGUCCGCAAUAAGAUUCUCGCCAUGGCGAAAGAAAGGGACGACUAUUAUAGCGUAGAGGAGUUCGGAACACCAAUCAACGACCUAGAUUCAAUUGGCACCAUAUCAACGUUUUCCGCUCAGCUUAUAUGGAUUGCAUUGCCCGCACAGGGCAUCUACAUGAGAGAGAAUGAAAUCGAAGAUUACGUUGCAUUGUGGCGUUUAGUGGCGUACUAUAUGGGUACCCCCACCGAUGUCCUGGAGACACCAGCGUCGACCAAGGCGAUUAUGGAAAGUAUAUUGGAUGCAGACCUGAAGCCGAGCAACUCGAGCAAGGUGCUUGCAGCCAACAUCAUCCAAGCCCUCGCAGACAAGGCCCCUACAUACCCUUCAGCAGAUUAUCUCCGAGCCCAGGCUCGCUGGCUCAACGGCUCCAGGCUGUCUGAUGCGCUAGAAAUCCCCACAUCCUCCUAUCUCAGCGUGACAUUGGUCAUGGUUCAGUGUAUCGUUAUUUGCGCGUCAAGCUAUAUCUACCGAUCAAUUCCGAUCCUAGACAGGUGGAAGGUGGAGUACAUGCGAAAACGGCUCUUCUAUGUUCUUAUGGAAGGCAAGCACGGCAUGAAGGGGAAGAAGACAAAGUUCGAAUUGCAGUAUAUUCCUGGAUUCAACACCGUUACGGAACAGGGCGAAGUUGCCAGAGGCUUGUCGAUUGGAAAGGCAGGCAGCCGAGACACGAGGAAUCUCAUCAUAUUAGGAGUUCUCAUAGUUAUUCUUGGCUGUACGCUGUACUUUUGGUACAAGAUGGCCUUGAUGGCAUUGCAUUGGAUACGAUAGAAUUUUGUAUCCGUAGUUAGAUGGCCCCUAUGAUAUUAGAUUAGA